CCCUGCAAACACGACGCCACCAGACGCCUCCUCGCUCGCCGCUCUCGCGCUUUCGUGCAACUAUGUUGAUAUGAGCCGGUGAAAUUUCGCUUGCUGCAACGAUGUUCAUUACUAGCCUCGCGUGUAAAGUUGUACUGUGUCUUUUACACGCCUGUCUAUACGCCUUGGACGUAAUUUUUACGUUGAAACACAAGCUACUUCAUCGGUUAAAGUACUCGAGUGUGCAUGAUGCAAAGUUCGCCGACGCGAAACUUGUGUGCUCCUCCUCGAGUGCUCUCCCCGACAUGGACUUGCUGCAGAAGGUUCCCAAGCACAUAGCCGUUUUAAUCGGCGAACACGACAUCUCGUAUCGAGAUGCCGCAAAUCUCGUAGUGUGGUGUUUGUUUGCCGGAAUACCGCACGUAACUCUCUACGAUGUAGAAGGGGCAUUGAAAGAGAACUUCGCCAGACUCUACAAGGAGAUCUCAAGGAGCCAAGUCGAACACUUUGGAUGCGACAGCCGCUGCAAAGUCGUGCUACACGUGAAGGGCCAGGGAUUUCCAGAAAAGAAUGGUCAAAGGAAUGGCUACAAGCAGCACAUAAACGUGCACCUUGCAAGCAGCGAUGAUGGCCGACCACACCUGGCGAGCGUAGCUCGCACUUUUUGCGAAGCUGUGGAGAGAAAAGAGAUGGCACCCAGUGAUAUUACUCCUUAUUUAAUACAGCGAGAGCUGGGAGAUGUUCCUGACCCUGAAUUGUUGCUGAGGUGUGGUUGUGUACACAGCCUGCUGGGUUACCCACCGUGGCAGAUUCGGCUCACAGAGAUUGUCACUCUGCCAACUCAUCACAACCUCCGGCUUUCGGAGUUCUUGGAAGCACUUGCCAAGUACAACAAGAGGGAACAGCGCUUCGGGAAGUAACUGUGAUACAAGAGGAGCGCAAUUGUUCUUCACCCAAGUUGGCUAUCCUCUCUCUCAUCGUCAAUAAUCCAUUUCCCCAGUGAUGAGAUGCUCCGUUGUAGACGAGCAACACACCAAGUCUUCCUUUUAGUGUAUGUUACUUAAGUUUUAUUAAUUUGGAUGCUUCUGUAUUGCUUGAAAGGUUUUUCUGUUUCAAUCUCUCGCCUCCAAAGAGACUUGCCCAUGAUGUGAGAUGAGCCUUUUCAGGCGUACAAGAUUCCAUGGGCGGUUAGAAUGAUUUUACCGGUAAUGAAUAUCUACAAUUUUUUGCCAUACGAGUGGGCAGGGGCUAGUUAAGUACAAGAUGGCCACAUUAUUUGGCCCAGCUGGAAAAUGUUGUAAAUAAAUAUAAUUUGGAUGCUUCAUUCACUGCCCAGAAGUGAAAGUUCAUUUUUUGUUCAUUGCCUAAAAUGCCUUGCUUUUGACAUAACAUGAGCUUCCCAGAUGCAGGUUCACACGGGCAGGAAACAAAGGUUUGACCAAUAUGGGAAGCUGAAAUUUUUUGGGGGGGAGGGCCCUAUAAAAUGGUCAUUGUUAUAUGGCGUUACUGAAAAGUGCUGUAAAUAAAUGUUUUCCACAUGUUG